AUGGAGUGGAGCAAGCAAGAGGAAGGUAUUAAUGAAAUGGGGACCCCGGGAGCAGCCUCCUCGCAGAGGGCUUGCGUUGAGAAAAUUGCUUCUUGGCCUUUUCUUCUUAAUGAGGCUGUUAAUAACAUGCCUGUUGCUUUCUACCCGGUGACGAGGAGCAAGGUGCCUGUCAUUCAUCUGCCUUCCUUGGUGUUUGUUUAUGAAAAUAAAAUCAGGUGGGGAGGUCUUCAGGCAGAAGCGCUGUCAUCUUCUUGUGAGAGGCAGGAAUAUGAAGCUGCUUUUGUGUGUGCUGGCACCGAGAACAAGUUGAGCUCCCUCUCUGACCUGGAGCAGCAGUAUCGGGCCCUGCGCAAGUACUAUGAGAACUGCGAGGUAGUUAUGGGCAACCUGGAAAUCACGAGCAUUGAGCACAACCGAGACCUCUCCUUCUUACGGUCUAUCCGAGAAGUCACAGGCUAUGUUUUGGUGGCUUUGAAUCAGUUUGAAUACUUGCCGUUGGAGAACCUGCGCAUUGUUCGUGGGACCAAACUCUAUGAAGAGCGAUAUGCUUUGGCGAUAUUUCUUAACUACAGAAAGGAUGGUAACUUUGGACUCAGGGAACUUGGUUUGAAGAACUUGACAGAAAUACUGAAUGGAGGCGUGUAUGUUGGCCAGAACAAAUUUCUUUGCUUCGCAGACACCAUUCAUUGGCAGGAUAUCGUGCGUAACCCCUGGGCCUCCAACUUCACAUUGGUUCCAACAAAUGGCAGCUCAGGAUGUGGUCGAUGCCACAAGUCCUGCACAGGCCGAUGCUGGGGACCCACAGAGAAUCACUGCCAGACCUUAACGAAGACGGUGUGCGCAGAGCAGUGUGAUGGACGGUGUUACGGGCCCUACGUCAGCGACUGCUGCCACCGGGAAUGCGCUGGAGGCUGUUCAGGACCUAAAGACACUGAUUGCUUUGCCUGCAUGAAUUUCAAUGAUAGCGGUGCAUGUGUCACACAGUGCCCCCAGACUUUUGUAUACAAUCCUACCACCUUCCAGCUGGAGCAUAAUCACAAUGCCAAGUACACCUAUGGGGCUUUUUGUGUCAAAAAGUGUCCACAUAACUUUGUGGUAGAUUCCAGCUCUUGUGUCCGUGCAUGUCCAAGCUCCAAGAUGGAGGUCGAAGAAAAUGGUAUUAAGAUGUGCAAGCCCUGCACUGACAUUUGUCCUAAAGCAUGUGAUGGCAUUGGAACAGGGAGUUUAGUGUCAGCUCAGACGGUGGAUUCCAGCAACAUUGACAAGUUCAUAAACUGUACCAAGAUCAAUGGCAACCUUAUCUUCCUUGUUACUGGGAUUCAUGGGGACCCGUAUCACACAAUCGCCGCAAUCAAUCCAGAGAAAUUAAAUAUCUUCCAAACAGUGAGAGAGAUAACAGGAUAUUUGAACAUACAGUCAUGGCCUGAGAAUAUGACAGAUUUCAGGGUGUUUUCUAAUUUGGUUACUAUCGGUGGAAGAGCUCUCUAUAGCUUGAAGCAAAUCAGUGCUGGCAACAUCUACAUAACAGACAACAGCAAUUUGUGCUACUACCACACUGUUAACUGGACCAGCCUCUUCAGCACACCCAGUCAAAAGACGGUGAUUCAUCGAAAUAAAAAGGCAGAGAACUGCACUGCUGAUGGAAUGGUGUGUAACGAGUUAUGCUCAAGUGAUGGCUGUUGGGGGCCAGGGCCAGACCAGUGUCUCUCCUGCAAGCGCUUCAUCAGGGGAAGGACCUGCAUAGACUCUUGUAACCUGUAUGAUGGGGAAUUUCGAGAAUUUGCAAAUGGGUCUGUCUGUGUGGAGUGUGAUCCCCAGUGUGAAAAGAUGGAAGAAAAUAUGAUCACAUGCUAUGGGCCGGGACCUGACCACUGCACAAAGUGUUUCCAUUUUAAGGAUGGUCCAAAUUGUGUGGAAAAAUGUCCUGAUGGCUUACAGGGGGCCAACAGCUUCAUUUUCAAAUACGCCGACGAGGAUCGUGAGUGCCAUCCAUGUCAUCCAAACUGCACGCAAGGGUGCAUAGGGCCACGUAUUGAGGACUGCAUCGGCCUGAUGGAUAGAACCCCUCUGAUUGCUGCGGGAGUUAUUGGUGGCCUCUUCAUCAUCGUCAUUGUGGGCCUAACAUUUGCAGUGUAUGUUCGGCGCAAAAGUAUUAAAAAGAAGAGAGCAUUGCGAAGAUUCCUGGAAACUGAGCUUGUGGAACCCUUGACUCCAAGUGGCACUGCACCCAACCAAGCACAGCUUCGUAUCCUGAAGGAAACUGAGCUGAAAAGAGUCAAGGUUCUUGGUUCUGGAGCCUUUGGAACUGUAUACAAGGGCAUUUGGGUCCCCGAGGGAGAAACCGUGAAGAUUCCUGUGGCCAUUAAGAUCCUUAAUGAGACCACUGGUCCGAAAGCCAAUGUGGAGUUUAUGGAUGAGGCUCUCAUCAUGGCCAGCAUGGACCACCCGCACCUGGUGAGACUCCUGGGUGUCUGCUUGAGCCCGACUAUUCAGCUGGUCACUCAGCUGAUGCCUCAUGGCUGCCUGUUGGAUUAUGUUCAUGAACAUAAGGAUAAUAUUGGCUCCCAGCUUCUGCUAAACUGGUGUGUCCAAAUAGCUAAGGGAAUGAUGUACCUGGAAGAGAGGAGACUUGUCCACCGGGACUUGGCAGCCCGUAAUGUCUUGGUGAAAUCACCAAACCACGUGAAGAUCACUGACUUUGGAUUGGCCAGACUUUUGGAAGGGGAUGAGAAGGAGUAUAAUGCUGAUGGAGGGAAGAUGCCAAUUAAGUGGAUGGCUCUGGAGUGCAUACACUACAGGAAAUUUACCCAUCAGAGUGAUGUUUGGAGCUAUGGAGUCACUAUCUGGGAGCUUAUGACGUUUGGUGGGAAGCCGUAUGAUGGUAUCCCAACUCGAGAGAUCCCCGACCUCUUGGAGAAGGGAGAGCGGUUGCCCCAACCUCCAAUCUGCACUAUUGAUGUUUAUAUGGUGAUGGUGAAGUGCUGGAUGAUUGAUGCUGACAGUCGGCCUAAAUUCAAGGAGCUAGCUGCUGAAUUCUCUAGAAUGGCUCGAGACCCUCAGAGAUACCUAGUAAUUCAAGGAGAUGAUCGUAUGAAGCUCCCAAGCCCAAAUGACAGCAAGUUCUUCCAAAACCUUCUCGAUGAGGAAGAUCUGGAAGAUAUGAUGGAUGCUGAAGAGUAUCUUGUUCCUCAAGCCUUCAACAUCCCUCCUCCCAUCUACACCUCCAGGACAAGAAUUGAUUCCAACAGGAGUGAAAUUGGACACAGCCCUCCUCCUGCCUACACCCCUAUGUCAGGAAACCAGUUUGUGUACAGAGAUGGUGGCUAUGCUGCAGAAGUGCCAAUGCCGUACAGAGCUCCUGGCUGCAUAAUACCAGAAGCCCCAGUUGCUCAAGGGGCUACAGCAGAGAUCUUUGAAGAUACUUGCUGUAAUGGCACACUACGAAAACAAGUGACAACCCUGGCAAAAGAGGACAGCAGCACCCAGAGGUACAGCGCUGAUCCCACAGUCUUCAUACCUGAGCGGGUUGUCCGGGGAGAGCUGGAUGAGGAUGGGUACAUGACACCAAUGCGAGACAAACCUAAAACAGAUUACCUAAACCCGGUGGAAGAGAACCCAUUUGUCUCCCGACGAAAGAAUGGAGAUCUCCAAGCUGUGGACAACCCAGAGUAUCACAAUGCUCCGAACGGGCAGCCCAAAGCAGAGGAUGAGUACGUGAACGAGCCAUUGUACCUCAACACUUUUGCAAACACUUUGGAAAACGCUGAGUACCUGAAGAACAAUUUGCCGGAGAAAGCCAAGAAGGCCUUUGACAACCCAGACUACUGGAAUCACAGUCUGCCCCCACGAAGCACCCUCCAGCACCCGGACUACCUGCAAGAGUACAGCACAAAAUACUUUUACAAACAGAAUGGACGGAUCCGGCCCAUUGUGGCAGAGAAUCCUGAAUACCUCUCCGAGUUCUCCCUGAAGCCUGGCACUGUGCUGCCCCCGCCGCCCUACAGACACCGAAAUACAGUGGUGUAGUGACCGCGGUCUUAUGGAAGUGGAAAGGCAACCCCUUCUAGCUGCCUCACUCCUUCUCUCUUGCUCUCCUUUUCUCUCUCUCCCCUCUCUCCCUCCCUCCCUUCCUUUCUCCCACGAGCUUCCUCUUCUUGCCAGUUCACUCAUUUUUGAUAUUUCCAAGUGAAAGGAUGUCUUGGAGUCAUUUGCAGAUUGGGUUGGGAACCUGGAAGGAAGGAAGGAAAAAGACUGAAAGAAGGCACGUACAACCUGGCCUUUCUCACUUUCCGCAGAUCUAGAGGGUCGGACGGUCAGAGAAGCCAGACAGUACCAGUAAAAGCCAGUGGCAGUGUUGCCUGCUGUCGAGCUAGUUCUCAGUGAUUCAACCCACACACUGUAG